AUGGCGGCGGCUAAUGUAUUCACCACGGGCCAAAUCAGGAAGCUUGAGGCGAUUAUAGAGUUUGCUACCGAUCUUCUCUCCAAACUACCAACCUCCCUUGACUCAAGCUCCAGCGAUGUUCUUCUUUCCGAUCUGAAUCACCAUAUAUCUUUGGCCAGUGCUCUGACAGAGAAACGAGCAAUACCGCCGACCGAGAUCGUAGAGGGAUUGAGAGAUAUUGGGAGGAGACUAUGGAACGAGUGUAUCAAAGAGAGGAGAAAAAAGGACGACAUUCUAUCAUCGUCCUCGAGGGUCCAGCUACAAGCUCGCGCACGCGUUCUGGCCUUUUUGAUCCAUGCCUUAGCGCGAGAAACUCGGAACUGCAAAGUUCAAGGCUUCGUCGAAGAGGUGACAAGUAUGAUGGACUUGUCACUCACACUAGCUAGAGUUUGUGUUGAAUCAUCCGACCUUGAUGGCGCGCUUCUGAGCAUGACCAAGGCUGCUGACUACAUCGAACGGCUGAAGAUGAUGGAGAAUACAACGACAGAAGACCAUGAACAAAUGCAAAGGAUUGAGGCGGAAUACUUUGCGAUGCGAUGCGCCUUGUCGUGGAAACAAGGCUGUCUAGAUGUUGCCGAGCACAUGUACGCAAAAGCAGAUAAUCUCUUACAACAUGUUGAUUCAUCUUCUGCAGAAAGGCUGGCCGAUACGUUUCACUGCAUUGGAAGCGAACUUUCAUCCAAGGAGGAUCACGACAUGGCUUUGAAAUGGCUACGGCGGGCGCUCAGCCUCAUCAAUAAAAAAGGGCUAGAAAGACUUUCCACGGAAGGACUGGAACUUCGAAUGUCUAUCCAUCAUGAACUCAUCCAAACAUUGCUUGCUACAGGCUCUGAAGAGCAUUUCGAGGAAGCUGAUAAUCUAGCGUCACAAGUGGAAUCCGAGAUUGGAGACAAGCCAAUCGUUCUCCAUUGGAAACUUGAGAUUAUUCAUCGAUUACCUGGUGAGCUUUUUGAUGCCGAUUCAUGCGCAAGUAUUCUACGACGCAUGAUACGAUCGUUCAGUCUUUCGGAUCCCGGGCUCGGAUUUCUUCUGCACGGUAUUGGAGAACUACGCACCAGGGGACCUCGACUGGCAGGAAAGCCGUCGUUCGACGUGUUUGGAUGGGCACAAUGGAAACAGAUACGUCCACGGGAGUGGGAGACUUGGUCCGACUUCUGGAUCAACUCGUUCAAGAGACCGAAGCUCAUUUGGAAAAGGCUCGAUAUGAAUUAUUCCAAGAAACAAUACAGAGAAUGUCAACUCUGGUGCCAAGUGGCACUUCAUCCUAUCUUUUCCAAUAGCGGCGAAACAACUCAGAGAAAGUUCAGUCGAAGACUAGUGCGCUGUGCGAUUUCCUGCGAGGAUGCAGAAUCUGCGUACGCUACUUUCAAUGCCAUGCCAAAGGAUGCCCAGGACGAACCCCUCACGAGAUAUCUCAUGUUCAAGGUGGCUCUGAUGAGCUGGAACCAUGAACUAGGGCGUCAGUGUAUCGAGUAUCUUGGUAAAAUGCCAGACAAAUCCCAAUGCCAAGACAUCAUAUAUGCCUGCGUCAGGGAUGCACAGAACGCCGGCGACAGGAUGAUGACGCUGGAGACUCUGAAAGCAGCGACCGAAACAUUCGAUAUCGAGGGCGCUUCAACUACGAAUUUGCCUUCGAUAUUCAGAUGUGCGAUACGACUGAUAAACCUGAUCGAGGACCCACAGGACGAGCAUAUGGACGGCGCUCCUGAGCUUGCAGAAGAUACUUGUUGUAUAUUUGAGAGAGCCCGUUGUCAUUUUGUCGUCGCAACGGCAUUGAUCUCGCAGGCACGUACUGAGGACGAAGUGGAUGAGCAACUCCAGCGGUACCUUGAAGCAAGAUAUCACAUCUCAGAGUUUGACACGUUUUUCACUGAUCAUGUCCGGAACGACCCCAAGUCUGGCAUCUAUCCGGACCUUUUGGCUAAGAUGUCAACACUCUUUGUCUUUGAUUUUGAAAGUGCUGUCUGUCUGAAGCAGUGGGACGAUUCGAGCGAAAUCGUCAGAAAGGCUACAAUCUGCAAAGAUGAGAUAAUGUACAAAGCCAUGGCAGACUGCCUACUGAGAAGUGAAGCUCCGGGUAAUGUUGUGUAUGGAACAAUGCGUCUUAUUAUCAACGAAAUAUACUUACUGGAAGGUUUCGACAACAAACGGCUGGCAAAAUAUAUACGCUGUUUGUUCAAGGCUAUUCUGCCUCUGGACGAUCGUCUGGCUUUGCAGGUCAUCGGACAAACAGUCAAGGUCGCACGAGAAGGAAGCCAAGUACAAACCCCUUUCCCUGCAGAUGACUUGGACUACAUCGUCGCAGCAACUUUCAAUCAUGCCAUUGAUAUCUCUAGGAGAGGUGAUGAAGGGCUAUGCCAGCAAUGGGCUUUGAAAGCACUGGAACUCGCGGAGUACAUGGACGACGGGGGUGACAUGAGAGAUAGUUUGCGCAAGAGAGCCGCUGAAAUCGGAUUAAGUAUAAAGAUCUAUGGGCCCCUGCCCAACGCCGAGUUCGCCUAG